CGAAACAUUCUGCGAUCAAAGCUCGAGUUAACACGAAUGUAAGGUGUUGCCAAUGUCAUCAUUUAUUGAUAAUGUUAAUAAUGUACAUACUUUUGAAUUCUUGUUUACUUUGCAAUGUAAACACUACAUAGAUAUCGUCUAAAAAGUAAGUGAGCUUGUUAAAAAUUUCAAGCGAUUGGUAAAUAUGCCGGGCGUAAUUACUGUGAUUAUUGUUAUCUAUUGUUGAAAGUUCUGCUAAUUAACGUCAACAAGUUAAUUCGAUGGAUACUGAACAUUCCUAGCACACACAAACAUGCGUGUAACCACAAUACCAAUUUGAUAUAUCUGUCAGGAGCUGUUUGUAUUGCGCCGUUACUAUCUGUGAAACGGUGCAAUCUUCAGAACUCUCGUAUAAUUUAUUAUAACGCAAAAUUAAUUUGCUGAUUUGAACUGUAUACACUCGAACAUAUGGAUGUGGGAAGAGUGGGAGACGAUAGGGAGCUAGUUAUACCGCAACAAACACACCGCACGCAUCAAUCCUGUUGUUGCCUUCCUGCUGGUCAGUGUGGCUCAGUGAAACAUAAUUGUAAGAACGCGUUAAUAAAAUGGCUCAGAGAAAUCCAGAAAUUAAGUACACUAAGUUGUUUAUCAACAAUGAAUUUGUCGACGCUAAAAGCGGGAAAACUUUCCCUACAAUUAACCCAGCAAAUGAGAAGAAGAUUAUUGAUGUUGCCGCCGGCGAUAAGGAGGAUGUAGAUGCAGCGGUGGCGGCAGCUCGCUGUGCUUUCAAGCGGGGAUCCGCGUGGCGUUCGAUGGACCCUUCUGCACGUGGAAAACUGAUUUACAAAUUAGCACAACUUGUCGAGCGUGACAUCUCAUACCUGGCGUCCUUGGAGUCGCUGGACAAUGGUAAACCAUAUGAGGAUUCCAUCUUCGACAUCAAUUGCGCCAUUGACACGCUUAAGUACUAUGCAGGAUGGGCUGACAAGAUUCACGGUCUAACUAUUCCCGGAGAUUGGGGUGUAACAUCGAUGACAAGAAAGGAACCAGUUGGUGUUGUGGGUCAAAUAAUUCCAUGGAACUAUCCUAUUCUUAUGCUUGCCUGGAAGUGGGGACCCGCAUUGGCUACCGGUUGCACUGUUAUUCUGAAACCCGCUGAGCAAACUCCACUUACUGCUUUGGUACUUGCUGCUCUCAGCAAGGAAGCUGGUUUCCCUGCUGGAGUGAUCAAUGUCAUCCCUGGGUAUGGUCCAACUGCAGGCGCCGCCAUUGCGUGUCAUCCUCACAUCAACAAAGCUGCAUUCACCGGCUCCACCGAAGUGGGACACAAAAUUUUGGAGAAUUCUGCUUUGAGCAACCUUAAGAGGAUUUCUCUAGAAUUAGGAGAGAGUCCACUCGUCGUUUUUAACGAUGCUACAUUGGAGGAAGCAGUUGAAAUUGCCCACAAUGCAAUUUUUGCCAACCAUGGCCAGAAUUGCUGUGCUGGUUCCAGGACCUACGUUCAAUCAGGCAUUUACGACGCCUUCGUUGUUAAGGCAACCGAAAUGGCUAAGGCACGCAAAGUAGGCGAGCCUUUCACUGCUGGUGUCCAACAAGGACCUCAAGUAGAUAAGGAGAUGUUUGACAAGGUAUUGGGUCUCAUCGAAAAGGGUAAAAAGGAAGGUGCCAAGUGCAUGACUGGAGGUGCCCGCCACGGUACCGAGGGUUACUUUGUGCAACCGACGGUAUUUGCUGAUGUCAAAGAUGACAUGAGUAUUGCCAGACAAGAGAUCUUUGGGCCUGUGCAGAGCAUCUUUAAAUUUGAUACUCUUGAAGAGGUAAUCGAACGCGCAAACGAUACUACCUACGGUUUGGCGGCUGGUUGCGUUACCAAGGAUUUGAAUACCGCCAUGACUUUUGCACAAGCUGUGCAAGCUGGUUCGGUUUGGAUUAACUGCUAUGACAUGGUUAUUCCACAAGCGCCUUUCGGAGGUUUCAAGCAGUCCGGAAUGGGCCGCGAACUUGGUGAGGACUCGUUGCACGAGUAUCUGGAGACGAAAACCAUCACUAUGAAAUUACCCUGCACCCACUAAUUUUAAUAGUGGGUUUUUAAUAUGAACAUAUACUAUUGUUUUGAUUUAUUGCAAAAUGAAUUAAAUGAAAUAUUUUUGUAUUUCAAAUAA